AUGCAAUGAAAAAGAGCUUGCCUGUUAUUUUAUUCAUAGAUGAAAUAGUAAGCGUCAAUGGUAAGGAAGGUCUUUUUCUUGUACUAAUGACUCUUAUAGGACGCAUUGACACCAAAGCGUGAUGAUUCACAGUCGCAAGAGAACAGAAUGGUCGCUCAGUUAUUGACUCUCAUGGACGGUGUAAAGUCAAGAGGUAGGCUGGUCAUUGUAGGUGCAACUAAUCGGCCAAACUCCAUUGACCCUGCGCUUCGCCGACCGGGAAGAUUUGAUCGUGAAAUUUCAAUGGAGCCACCUUCAGUAGACGAUAGGUAUUCUUUAUUCGAGUCGCAGGUUGGUAAUAUACCAUUAGAUAAGGAUGUUGAUAUACAAACACUGGCGAAUAUGACGAAUGGAUAUGUUGCUGCGGAUAUUAAUGCCGUGUGCAGAGAAGCAGCUUUACUUGCUGUUCAAAGAGCCAGCAAAAGCUUGCAAGAAGAAGUUCUCGUUACAAUGUCUGAUUUUGUAACAGCAUUUGCGGCUGUUGGUCCCUCAAUGCAAAGAGGAUUUCAAGUACAAGUAGAAAAGAUGAACUGGAGCGAUGUUGGAGGUUUGAAAGAAGUGAAAAAGAGACUAAAGCAAGCUGUUGAAUGGCCACUGUUAUAUAAAGAAUCAUUUGCAAAAUUAGGAUUGAAAGCUCCUAGGGGGAUUUUACUUUAUGGGCCUCCAGGUUGUAGCAAGACUAGUUUAGUCAAGAUUCUCGCUGCUUCCACCAAUAUUGCUUUUCUUUCGAUCAAUGGAGCACAAUUGUAUUCAGCCUUUGUAGGUGAUUCUGAGAAAGUUGUUCGAACAACAUUUCAAAAGGCACGUUCAUCUGCUCCAGCAAUUAUAUUUCUUGAUGAAACAGAAGCUAUUGUUGGUAAAAGAAAUAUGGGGAGUGGUGGUUCUGGUGGAGAUAGUGUUCAAGAGCGAGUGCUGUCCACGCUAUUAAAUGAAAUGGAUGGUGUCGAGAGUGCAGAUUCUGUCUUGGUUAUUGGUGCUACUAAUAGACCAGAUAUGCUAGAUGCGGCAUUGAUGCGACCUGGUCGCUUUGACCAAAUCAUUUACGUACCGCCUCCAGAUGAAGAAGCCAGACUAGAAAUCUUAAAAAUUCAUACGAGAAAUAUGCCACUUAGUUCAGAUGUUGAUUUAAUUAAUAUUGCUAAACGAACUGAGUAUUAUACAGGCGCUGAUCUCCAAAACGUAUGCCGCGAAGCAGCAAUGGAGGCUCUAAGAGCCCACACGGAUACGCCAUAUGUGGCCAUGUCUCAUUUUAACUCAUCUUUAUCCAUUAUUCCCCCUUCACUUAAUGAACAUAGCAACUAUAAACGAAUAAAUGAGUCAUAACACUCUGUACCUUUUAUACAGCAAAUAUUCAAUUAUACAAAGGUAAUUUGGGGCCAACUGCUGAACAAUCAAGUUACAGCAGUUUUAUUCAUA